AUGGGACGUCAGGUACGAGCAGACGAUGUGGUUCGUAGUACAGAUACUACCGAAGAAAUUCAAGUCGAGACAUCCGACAUCUCAAAUAAAUUUAAAUUUUUUGAGACAUAUAAAGAACCGGAGAAAGAAAGAAAGCAGUUCAGAAUAACGCCACCACGUGAUGGACAAGUUAAGAUGGAGGAGAAGGCCACGAAAGAAGAUGUACCUGAUGGACCAAAGCCGCUGAAGCGUUUCACACCGCCGCCGGAGGAUAAGUAUGCUAAGCUGACUGCUUCUGACACCGACGAGGAAGAGGACGGCGAGGAGGAGGAGGAAGAUGGAAACGAGGAUAUCACCGAGGAGGAAAGAAGAAAUCCUAACUACGUUCGGGCUUCCGAUAAGGUAAUCCUAAUGCCAUUAAUUACUCAUUUUUACAACGCAUAA